GCGGCAGGAACAUGAACCUUAAAUCUCACACGAUUCUCCUGAUGGUUGUCUCUAAACGAGCAUUAAUGGCCAUCAGUCGCAAUAGAUGCGCCAGAAUCCUCAAAUAAUUACCGAUGGUGUAGAAACUGAACCGCUAGAGGUCCCGCCCACUCGCUCGCUCGUGCAACCGGAGACUUCACGGAGGGUUCCGCUGCUGUCAGACUCUAUUGCUCAACGUUUGCCAGACUUGGAUAAGAGUGGACGGAGGGACUUGGGGCCGGAGAAGGGAUUCACGAGCUGAUUUUUUUGGACACACUCGCCAGUGGAUUGUGAUCAUUCUGUAAGGUUGAAUUAAGACUGGACAGUGGUGAUGUCACUGCAAAUGAGUGAGGCAGAGGGGUCUGUGAAGGUGGAGGAGUGGCAGCAGACGUUUUACGCUUCAGAUUCAGGCAUUCAGUCAGGAGCCACCACCAUUCGAGACGAGGACGAAUCUGAGUGCAGUAAGAAGUACGGUGUCAGUGCCAGCGCCGGCGAGAGCGCCACAGAUAUCGAGGCUCAGUACAGUCUAACUCGAGCCCAGCGAGUACGUGCGGCCAUGUUCCCCGAGACGCUAGUGGAGGGAGAGGCGGUGCUCACCGCGCAGAGCAAUCCAGACCAGCCCACCAAUGUGCAGAGACUGGCCGAACCCUCACAGCUCCUCAAAACAGCCAUCGUCCAUCUCAUCAACUACCAAGAUGAUGCUGAGCUGGCCACACGCGCCGUGCCAGAGCUCACCAAACUGCUGGCCGACGAGGACCAGGUGGUGGUAAACAAGGCCGCACUGAUUGUGAACCAGCUUACGCGGAAGGAGGCGUCUCGCCGCGUGCUCAUGCAGUCUCCUCAGAUGGUGUCGGCUGUGGUGAGAGCCAUGCAGAACACUGGAGACCUGGAGACGGCACGCUGCGCUGCCAGCGUCCUGCACAGCCUCUCGCACCAGCGCGAGGGCCUGCUAGCCAUCUUCAAAUCGGGCGGCAUCCCCGCACUAGUGCGCAUGCUCAGUUCCCCUAUGGAGUCGGUGCUGUUCUACGCCAUUACCACGUUACACAACCUGUUACUGCACCAGGAAGGAGCCAAGAUGGCGGUGCGUCUGGCCGAUGGACUGCAAAGGAUGGUCCCUCUUCUGAAAAAGACCAACCCCAAGUUCCUGGCCAUCACCACAGACUGCCUGCAGCUGCUGUCUUACGGCAAUCAGGAGAGCAAGUUGAUCAUUCUGGCAAAUGGAGGGCCAGAAAGUUUGGUGUUCAUUAUGAGAAACUACAAUUAUGAGAAGCUCCUGUGGACCACCAGCAGAGUCCUGAAGGUGCUUUCUGUCUGUCCAAGCAACAAGCCGGCUAUUGUUGACGCUGGAGGUAUGCAGGCUCUCGGCCAACAUCUCACAGGUUCGAGUCAGCGUCUGACACAGAACUGCCUGUGGACCCUGAGGAAUCUCUCUGACGCUGCAACCAAGCAGGAACUGAGCCGUUCUUGUUUCAUCGCUUCACAGGAAGGUCUGGAUGGUCUCCUGCAGAUCUUGGUGAGUCAGCUGGGCUCAGAUGACGUGAACAUGCUGACCUGCGCUACUGGCAUCCUGUCAAACCUCACCUGCAACAAUGCACGCAACAAGGCCCUGGUCACCCAGAGUGGCGGGGUGGAGGCCCUUAUUCACGCCGUGCUCCGGGCCGGAGAGAAAGAGGACGUGGCCGAGCCAGCGGUCUGCGCUCUGCGUCACCUCACAAGCCGCCACCCCGACGCAGAGCUGGCCCAGAAUGCAGUGCGUCUGCACUACGGCAUCCCCGCCAUCACCAAGCUCUUGGGCCAGCCGCAUUAUUGGCCUGUGGUAAAGGCCACAGUGGGUUUGAUUCGUAACUUGGCGCUGUGUCCGGCCAAUCAGGCGCCUCUGAGAGAAUCUGGGACAAUCCCUCGACUGGUCAACCUGCUGCUGAAAGCUCAUCAGGAAACUCAGAGACAUGGCUCAGGGGCCCAACAGACCUAUCAGGAUGGCGUGCGAAUGGAGGAGAUCGUGGAAGGCUGUACGGGCGCUUUGCAUAUACUGGCCAGAGAUCCCAUCAACCGAGGGGAGAUCGCCAGCAUGCAGACCAUUCCUCUGUUUGUGCAACUUCUGUACUCAUAUGUGGAGAACAUAAAGCGCGUGUCCGCCGGUGUUUUGUGUGAACUGGCUCUGGAUAAGCAGUCUGCUGAGAUGAUCGAUGCAGAAGGAGCAUCUGCACCUCUAAUGGAGCUCCUGCACUCUCCCAAUGAGGGGAUUGCCACCUAUGCUGCGGCCGUUCUUUUCCGCAUCUCUGAGGAUAAAAGUUCAGACUACAGGAAGCGCGUGUCGGUGGAGCUCACUCAUUCGCUCUUCAAACAUGACCCGGCAGCAUGGGAAAUGGCACACGCCGCCAUGCCACUCGACCCUGGAUAUAUACCAGAUGAUCUGGAUGCAGUUUACCCUCCAUAUGGUUACUCUGAUUUGCCCAUGGACGGCCUCCCACUGGACGCUGAGCUACACGAGCAAUACAUGCCAGAAAUGACCUAUGACCCUCGACAGGUGUACCCAAAUCCUCUUUAACAACACUGCCAGCAGUCUUCAGGUCAAAUGAAGCGGAUGAUGAAGGUGAAGACUACAAACCGGUUUGUUCCCUGCGAAAAAAAAAAAGCGGCGCAGGGCCUGAACUGUGCAGUGCUCGAACGAAAGAAGAACAAAACACACGACUUGCUUUAGUUCACCACCGGUCUGUUCGUGACGUGAACUCUAAGCACUGCCUAACUCAUCUUGUUAUCUUGUGCUACUAACAGAGUGACAAAGCCUAAAAGUGUGGUGACGCGAUAAGCAUGUGAUCAUAACAUGUACAUUUUGUACUUUAUAUUGUUUGUCCAAAGAUGUCCAGACAACUCCGUCCUAGAAAAUGUAGCAUAGCUAGCUAGCGGCUCAGCCACACGAGGGGUCGUUUUCCUUUGCGUUCUGUGUAUUUGUGGCUCUGAGGCAUUGCUACCGAGUAGAAAAUGAACAAAAGCAACAACGAAACAUACAUCUAAAAACAGAAACUUGUUUGUAUUUUCAUAAUCUCACUAUUAGGAGACAUUUGUUGAUAUGAUGUCCUGCUUAACAGGUCAAAGGCAGGAUUUCUUCUUUUGUUUUAUUUUUAUUGCAUUUCUUUCCAUUGUUUUAAGAGACAAACUGAUAUUCAGUUGGAAGAGAAAGAUUGUGGCGUAUGAUUUCAUGUAAAGACAUUUUAGGAGGCAUCUGUAAGCAUUAUUCACAGCUAUAAGAUACAAAAGUAUUUGGACACAAAUUCCUAAUAUACCAAUUAAAAUGCCAAUCGUUUUGAAAUUCAGUUCUCAAUAAGCACAUACAAGUGUCCAAAUACAGUUGGCUCUUAGUCGGUUUAUUCUCUGUAAAUUAGCUGUAUUUUUAAUGACACUGCUAUCAUGCAACAACAUUGUAAAUCCCAAAAUAAGUGUAGGAUUCAUACAUUUACACACGUCAAAGUUGCUAAAUUAAAUAAGUACAAUGUAUGGCCACUUUUGUAGUAUAUUUUAGAGAAAUCUAAUUGGAGUGGCUAUAAAAUGACCUUUUGUUUUUCUUUCAGUGCUAUUACUGUAAUAGGAAGCAUUUCAUAGCAUUUCAUGUUUUUAUGAUUUUGCACAAUAAUCAUUAGAUUUGUUAUUUUGAUUAUGCUCUACAAUUAUGCUAUAUUGCUGUUCAUUAAAAUUGAACACAAUGUACUGCUUUACGAAGGAAUGAUUAGCAUUAUAGUGAUUGUUUUUCCCACCUUGCAAUUUUAACUCGCCCCUAAAUAGUUCCCAGCUAGACUUUCAAUACAAAACAACCUCAUUAUUAUUACACAGGCUCUGGAACACUUCAAUCUGAUUGGUCAAAUUAUUGUACGAUUACGACCGGUCGACUACAUUAUCCUUUACUUGUUUACUCCAGACUAUUCGCUCUCUUAUGCCCUCUUUAUAUAACAUCCCUUAGACUUUAAAUAUUUUUUAUACAGAAACUAUAUUGUUUUACAUCAUUGUACAUAGAUAUAAAUGUGCUAAUCUUGUUUUGAAUGACAUGCUGAAUUUUGUGGUCAUGUGACUGAUAAUGAUUGCCAUAUGCAAGGGAUCUUACACAUGCAUCUGUGUGAAGUGUGAUUGCUGAUUGGUGAAAUUGCAGUAAUUGUCGAGCAUUAUUCAUUAACUGUAACUAUAGCGGAGAGUUUAGCUUCAUAAUUACAAACCUGCCUGCCAUCUGUUGGUAUAUAAGAAACAUGUAUGUGCCAAAAGUAAUAGUAGUUACAUAAAGAUAAAGACUAUUCUGGUACGGUCGCCACUUAUGCUCACAUCUUUUACAGCAACAGUGUUAGAAUCAAUCAUGUUGCAAGGGUAGUUCACCCAAAAAUGAAAUUUGUUGAAUAUUUAUUCACCCUCAGGCCAUCCAAGAUGUAGAGGAGUUUGUUUCUGCACAGUAACACAUUUGGAGAAAUUUAGCAUUGCAUUACUUGCUCACCAAUGGAUCCUGUGUAGUGAAUGGGUGCCGUCAAAAUAAGAGUGCGAACAGCUGAUAAAAACAUCCACAACACGAUUCUAAUUCAUCAAUUAAUGUCUUGUGAAGAGAAAAGCUGCAUGUUUGUAAAAAAAACCCCAAAUCUAUUAGUAAGAUGUUUCAACUUAAGUCUUUUGCUUCUGGCUACAGUUUGAGUCCAUAAUAAUCUUGCUUUCUCCAGUGAAAAAGUCGUCUUGUCUGAAUCAGGAGAGAAAUAUGCACAGAUCAAGCACCGUUAUUAAGUGAAAACAGUCCAAAGCUGUUCUAAACAAAUGCUUUUGAAGGAUAGUUCGCUGGACGAAGUGUUAUUAUGAAUUAUGCACUCAUUUUUUGGGCCAUUAGCUAUAGUUUAAAGUUUAAAAAAUGCCUUAUUUCUUACUAACACACAGCUUUUUACUUUACAAGAUGUUACGUGAUGGACUGGAGUGGUGUGGAUUGCUUGUUAUUGUGAUCAGCUGUUCGGACUCUCAUUCUGACGGCACCCAUUCACUGCAGAUGAUCCGUUGGUGAACAAGUGAUGAAAUGCUAAUGAAACAAACUUAUCUACAUCUUGGAUGGCCUAAGGGGGAGUAAACUUCCAGCAAAUAUUAAUUUUUGGGUGAACUGUUCCUUUUAAUCAAAUAUGUUGCAAUUGUCUCAUUGAUUGGCCCCAGUUUAUGCUUUUUUGGCAGCUGUAGUCUGAGAAACAGGAUAAUUCAGUUAGUUAUACAUGUGAUCUUUCAUGUCAUGGAGAGAUUUGUGAUCCUUCUGCAUAUUCAGUGAUAAUUGCACUCCUGAUGAUGCUGUCAUCUUAGAGUAAAUCAUUUCAACAUGCCCACCUGCAAGGAAAAAAAAAAAAAGGCAAAAGCGAAAACAUGCACGGAAUGUCAACAGGAAGUCACAGUGAAUAUGCAUUUUUACUGAACAUUUUAGUUUGACAGUGUUUUUGUUUGUUUUCAAAUAAAUAAACUGAAUUAUAUUAAC